AUGUCUUACGCUCUGUUCUUUCAUUGGCAUUUAUGUGAUGUCCUCAAGAGUGUGAUGUGCUGUAUCCUCUGUAGCCACGCCCUUUCACUACUGUGCGUUUUCACGCUGACUCCAGCGGCUGCAGGGGCGGGGCCAGAGACCCUGUGCGGGGCGGAGCUGGUUGACACUCUUCAGUUUGUGUGUGGAGAUCGAGGCUUUUAUUUCAGUAAGCCAACAGGCUAUGGUCCAAAUUCUCGGCGGUCACGGGGUAUUGUGGAUGAAUGCUGUUUCCAGAGCUGUGAGCUGCGGCGCCUGGAGAUGUACUGUGCUCCAUCUAAGACGAGCAAGCCUCCUCGCUCUGUGCGCUCACAGCGCCACACAGACGUGCCCAGGCCUGCCAAGGAAGUUCAUCAAAAAAAUUCAAGCCGAGGCAGUGCAGCUGGUAGAAGUUUCAGAAUAUAAGAAGAAAGUGGAUGGACAAAAGCCCAGCAAAAGCAAAAGGAAUGGCCUUACCUGGUGUCGCUGUGGCAUGGUUCAAUGUAAACUAGCAGGUCUCUAAAAGGUUUGUGUAGGACCUGAAACACUGCACCAUUCCACACUGGGACAUCUGAAGGACUAAGCUGCUGAGACACAAAUAAGUGUUUACACCUCCAUCUGAGAGUUGUUUCGCCUCAUGGCUUGGUUAGAGAAAAACAAUCACAUAGUGCUGGGCAAAUGGACCACACUUUGAAGAGACAUCUACCUCUGAGAAACUGGAUUUAUGUGCUCAUUGGUAGGACAGGACACCUAAUCAACAUCCACAAACACAUAUUGUGUAAACUCUUCUGGACUUUGUAUUAACCUAAGCAGUAUUGUUCUGAUCACAUGGGGUUUUAUUUGGAUAAAGAAAUCCCUUCUGUAUGGUGCUUUUUGUGGUUUGGUUUGCAGACACACACAGAUGGGGCUUAUAUCACAGAUCCUCCCUUUUGCACAGCUGUGUGGCCACUGGUUUAUCCCUUUGACUCCUGAAUUAU